AGUGGAGGGGCGGCGGGGCGGGGAGCCGGGAGGCAUGGCGCGGCCCGACGAGGAGGAGGAGGAGCCGGCCGUGGCGCCCGGGCACCCGUUAGCAAAGGGAUACCUUCCGGUGCUGAGGGGCGCCCCGGAUGGGGAGGCGCGCACGGAGCCGCCUGAUGGGCCCGAGGCGGAGAACGGAGGCCCGGGUCACGGCUCCGUGGUCGCGGGAGCUCCGGACGGGCCGCAAGGUCUGCUGGCGGCGGCGGAGGAGGAGACCCAGGCCCGGCUGCUGCCUGCGGGCGGUGGGGAGGACGGCCCGGGCCCCACGCGCUCCCCGCGCACGGCGCUGUCGCCGCGCCGCUUCGUGGUGCUGCUCAUCUUCAGCUCGUACUCGCUGGUGAACGCCUUCCAUUGGAUCCAGUACAGCAUCAUCAGCAACGUGUUCGAGGGCUUCUACGGUGUGUCGGCGCUGCACAUCAACUGGCUGUCCAUGGUGUACAUGCUGGCCUACGUGCCCCUCAUUUUCCCGGCCACCUGGCUGCUGGACACGCGAGGACUGCGGCUCACGGCGCUGCUGGGCUCCGGCCUCAACGGCCUGGGCGCCUGGGUCAAGUGCGGCAGCGUGCAGCGGCACCUCUUCUGGGUCACCAUGCUGGGGCAGAGCCUGUGCUCCGUGGCCCAGGUCUUCAUUCUAGGCUUGCCCUCUCGCAUCGCCUCGGUGUGGUUUGGACCCAAGGAGGUGUCGACGGCUUGUGCCACUGCGGUGCUGGGCAACCAGCUUGGAACUGCAAUUGGCUUCUUGUUGCCACCUGUUUUAGUGCCCAACACACAGAAUAACACAGACCUUCUGGCUUAUAACAUCAACACCAUGUUUUACGGAACAGCAUUCAUCUCCACACUUUUAUUUUUUUUAACAGUAAUUGUGUUCAAGGAAAAGCCUCUGUUACCACCAAGUCAGGCUCAGGCAGCUCUGAGAGACAGCCCCCCUGUGGAGUACUCCUACAAGACUUCUAUCUGGAACCUCUUCAGAAACAUCCCCUUUGUUCUCCUGCUGAUCAGUUAUGGUAUUAUGACUGGAGCAUUUUAUUCAGUUUCAACAUUAUUAAAUCAAAUGAUAUUGACACAUUAUGAGAGAGAAGAGGUGAAUGCUGGAAGAAUUGGGCUAACGCUGGUGGUAGCUGGAAUGGUGGGCUCUAUUCUUUGUGGCUUAUGGCUGGAUUACACCAAAACCUACAAGCAGACGACUCUGAUCGUGUACAUCCUGUCUUUCAUUGGGAUGCUUAUAUUUACUUUCACACUGGACCUUGGGUACAUCAUUGUGGUGUUUGUCACUGGGGGCUUCCUUGGUUUCUUCAUGACCGGUUACCUCCCUCUGGGCUUUGAGUUUGCUGUUGAGAUCACUUACCCUGAGUCUGAGGGCACAUCCUCUGGACUCCUCAACGCUGCUGCACAGAUAUUUGGAAUUUUAUUCACAUUGGCUCAAGGAAAGCUCAUGUCAGACUAUAGCCCUCAAGCAGGAAACAUUUUUCUCUGUGCCUGGAUGUUCUUAGGCAUCAUUUUGACAGCAUUGAUCAAGUCUGAUCUGAGAAGACACAACAUAAACAUGGGGCUUACAAACGGUGACAUUAAAGCUGUGCCAGUUGAUAGUCUGAUAGAUGAGAAGCCAAAAGUGGUGAUGUCUAAGCAGUCGGAAUCUUCACUCUGAAGAGGGGAAGGCAC